CGAAGCUCAACACUAGACACUCAAGUGAAAAUAAAAGGAGAAGAGAAGAAUACACAAUCCUGAAAGAUGGGAGAGAUGGUAGAUCCAAUUCAGUUAAAAGAUGAGGGAAACAAGCAUUUCCAAGCCGGUGAGGUGGACAAGGCCAUUGAGUGCUACACAAAAGCCAUCAAGUUGUGCAAAGACAAAAAGGUGCUUGCUGUCAUUUACAGGAACAGAUCAGCCUGCUUCCUGAAAAAGGAAAGCUACACCAAUGCAGCCUCUGAUGCCUCCAAAGCCAUUGACGUGGAUGCAACAGACGURAAAGCCCUGUUCCGGCGGUGCCAGGCUCUGGAGAAGCUGGGCAAGCUGGACAUGGCCUUCAAAGACGUCCAGAGGUGUUCCACCAUCGAGCCCAAAAACAAGACCUUCCUGGAGACCCUCAGGAGGCUGGGGGCUGAAAUCCAAGCCAAGCUGAAGACAACCUUCUCCACAGACUCACGGGUUCAGAACAUGUUUGACAUUCUGCUUGAUGAGGAGAUGGACAAGGACAAGAAGGAAAAGGCUGCUAACAACCUGGUGGUUCUGGCCAGAGAAGAUGCUGGCGCAGAGAGAAUCUUCCAGAACAACGGAGUGCCUCUGCUGCUGGAUAUGCUUGAGACCGGAAAAGAAGAGAUGGUCCUGGCCGCUAUCCGCACCUUCGCGGGAAUGUGCACUGGACACAAAGCACGGACCAUGGCCAUUAUCCACCUGGUGGGCAUAGACAAGCUGUGCAGCAUCAUGGCUGUCGACAAUGAGGACAUCGCCUUGGCAACUUCCGACCUGUUCCAGUGCAUCAACGACUCCCUUACCGGAGGAGACCGGAGGAUUUAUGGGAAGGAGGAAGCCCUGGUUUUGGAUGCAAGCAAAGACUUGAAGAGCAUCCUGAUGGCCCUGCUGGAGAUGGUUGCCAGUAAGAAGGUUUCAGGACACGGCAGAGACCAGGCCCUGAACCUGCUGUGCAGGAACGUGCCUCGRAAGGACAAGAAAGACCAUGACCACUCCAAGAGCCUCUUCACCAUCGACCAUGGUCUGAAGAAGAUCCUGAAGGUGUGUGGCCAGAUACCUGACCUCCCAGACCAGCUGCCCAUGACGGAGAACACUCAGCUCAUCGCCAGCGUGUUGCUUGACAAGCUCUGGGACGACCUCCGCUGUGACCCCGAGAGAGACCARUACAGGGAAGUCUGUGACGAGUACAUCAAAGGCAAGUUUGACCCCAACGACAUGGACAGGAACAUCCACGCCAUCAACGCUCUGUCAGGCCUGCUGCAGGGGCCAUUUGAGGUGGGCAACCAGCUGGUGGGUCGCCAGGGCAUUAUGGAGAUGAUGGUGGCGCUGUGCGGCUCUGAGCGUGAGGUGGACCAGAUGGUCGCCGUGGAAGCGCUGAUCCACUCCUCAACGAAGAUGAGCCGCGCCUCCUUCAUUAUCACCAACGGCGUGUCGCUGCUCAAAGACAUCUACAAGAAGACCAAGAACGAGAAGAUCAAGAUCCGUGCGCUGGUGGGUCUGUGUAAGCUGGGCUCAGCAGGUGGAGAUGACUAUAGUAUGAGGCAGUUUGCUGAGGGCUCCACUGAGAAACUGGCCAAGCAAUGCAGGAAGUGGUUGUGUAACUCUGCCAUGGACACAAAGACCAGGAAGUGGGCUAUAGAAGGUCUGGCCUACCUGACCCAAGACGCUGAUGUAAAGGAUGACUUUGUUGAGGACGAGCCUGCCAUGAAAGCCAUGUUUGAACUGGCCACGUCUAAAGAUAAGACCAUCCUGUAUGCUGUGGCKUGUACCCUGGUCAACUGCACCAACAGCUAUGAGAAGAAAGACAUCAUGCCUGAGCUGGUUCAGCUGGCCAAGUUCUCCAAGCAGCAUGUCCCUGAGCAGCACCCCAAGGACAAGAAGGAUUUCAUUCAGAAGAGAGUGAAGAGGAUGCUAAAGGGAGGGGUCAUCUCAGCUCUCACUGUCAUGGUGAAAGCUGACAACCUUCUCCUGACUGACCAAACCAAAGAGAUGCUGGCAAGAGUGUUCCUUGCCUUGGCAGAUGAUGCCAAAGACCGUGGCACGAUUUGCGCCCAUGGAGGGGGCAAGGCUCUGAUCCCAUUGGCUCUGGAGGGAUCAGCUAUAGGGAAAAUAAGGGCCUCCCACGCCCUGGCCAAGAUUGCUGCUGUGUCCAACCCAGAGAUUGCCUUCCCAGGAGAGAGGAUCUAUGAGGUGGUGCGUCCUCUGGUCAGCCUGUUGCACCCUGAGAGAGACGGGGUGCAGAACUACGAGGCACUUCUGAGUCUCACCAACUUGGCUGCACUUCUGAGUCUCACCAACUUGGCUGGUCUCAACGACAAACUGAGAGUGAAGAUCCUGAAAGAGAAGGCUCUCCCUGAGAUUGAGCAGUACAUGUUUGAAGACCAUGAUCAUAUCAGACAGGCAGCCACAGAGUGCAUGUGCAACCUGGUGACGUGCAAAGAGGUGCAGGAUCGGUACCUGGAGGAUGGGAAUGAUAGGCUGAAGCUGCUGGUGCUGAUGUGUGCUGAGGACGAUGAAAAGCUCCAGAGAGCUGCAGCCGGAGCACUGGCCAUGCUCACUGCCGCCCAGAAGAAACUGUGCACCAAGAUGACCCUGGUGACUUUGCAGUGGAUGGAGAUCCUUCAGAGGCUCAUUCUCCAUGACCAGCCCCAGAUCCAGCACAGAGGCKUGGUGAUUGUGUACAACAUACUGAACUCGGACGACAACGAGCUAGCCAAGAAGCUGAUCGAGAGCGAGAUCCUGGAGAUCCUGACAGUGAUUGGCAAAGCAAUGGACAACCCCAAGAGGCAGCUUGUGAUCGAUGUGGCACGCACCUGCCUGGUCAAGGCCAUGGACCUUGGCCUCAUCAAGCCAUUCACAACCCCUUCUUAAAGCAGUGUUUCUUAAGCUUUUUAUAGUACUACGGACUGGCUUGCAAUGGACCUACUCCCUUAAAGGCGCAACCCAAUCAACCAGAAACAAAUCACACAGAAAUAAGAACAUGUUUGACAGUUCCAUUUUAGUCCAAUGAGUGUGUAUAUUUGGUGGGUACACUUGCAAACGCCCAUACCCCUCACUGCCCACAGUCCUCCCAAAGUGUCAGGCCGACACUUGUUACAGUACAUUGGACUUACAGUUUGUGCCUUUUAAUGAAAACUGCAACGUGUGAGCUAAUUACAGUCUGCCUAACUUGCUGAUCAGAUACACCCCAUAGAUUGAGGUCCAGAGACUGAAGAUUGAGAAACUCUGUGUUGAGUGUAGGCCUAUGGACAGGGAGGCCAGGAGAUGGGACUGAUGGUGCACCUGAACAGCCACCUAUCAUGAAAUCAGAGACAGUACAAAUUAAUCUCUUGAGAAUUUUUAUUUUGAAUUUUCAGAAAGAAAACACCACGUGAACGUUUAACAAUUUAUUAGAAAAUAAUACAAUGCCUGUCUUGGCAUUAGAGCUCUGUCCUGCAGAGUAGCUCACUGCCAGAGCCAAGCGUCAUAUGAAUGUUAAAGUAGAACUAUAGGCAGUGAGCACGAUAUGCUAUAUCAAAUCCCCCCCCGACGGAAGAAACACAGAACCCACAGGUGGAGGCUGGGGUGGUGGUGGUGGGAUAUCAGAAACAGCAAGCAUAGCGAGUAACAGCUAGUUACAUCAGCGCAUGAGAGCGUGUGACAUCCAGCAUUGGGGAAGCAUGUGCAGAACUGGUCGACUUCAAUAGACCGCAUGUAAUUAAUGGGAAUCCAAUUGGUGCAAUAUCCGCUGAUGCGAUCAGCUGAAGCCACCACACUCAUGUUUCCCUUCUGAACGGCUACACUUUAUCUAGAUCUUUUUGUAAGUUAAGUAGAGUUUAUUUGUGUGGAUGAGAGGUGUUUGUUUAAUGUUAUUUGUAUUUUACACUUAUUAAGGAUAAAGAUGAGAAUUUUGAC